AUUUUCUUGAAACUUCUCAAAUCUUCCCACUAGAGUUGAUGUAAAUUACAUAUGGUUAAAAAAUAAAGACUUUAGCUAUUGUAGUUUUUACGCAAAACCCCCAAAUCAGCCUGCACGAUUUCGUUAUUCCUGAAAACUUUGAGACGAUUUCUCCGACAAUACAUUUUGUAACUUAAUUUGCUCAUAGGAAGUAUACACAGUUGUAAAUAACUAAAAAAUAACUAUUAAGAAAAUAGCCAUUAUUCAAUUGGAUUGUCCUUCAGUCUCUUAUUUGCUGUAUAUAUAGGAGAAAUUUGAUUGGCUUCAUCAAGACAACCCACUUCGAUGAAUUCCGAGUGGUGCGGGAGCCCGAAAUUAUAUUAGAGGACCGAAGAGAGCAGAAAUCUAUUCCUGAGUGCAGAGAAAUCCGGAACACGUAUAAAUAUUUGUGUUAGCUCACAUUCAAAAUGUUUGGAGAAAGAAUCGUUCUUCGAUUGCAAACAUCUUUUCUUUCUCCGCUGAGCGAGGCCAUUGGCUCAGUAAUGGCGGCGGACGGCUAGUGUUUCCAACGAAUGCUACCGGUUUUUACUUUAGCUCUGUUGGACGUUCGGAAAUGUUGAUAUGUUAAGGCCAGGAUUCUAAUCAAUGCACACACCGUGUCCCGACUGUUAUCCCAGAGUUCUAAUCAAUAUAUAGCAAAAAACAGAUCGAUAAAUUGAAAAAUACAACAGUUACUUCCCUUUAAAUUAUGAUCAGCAGCAUUUUCAUUGCUAAGACUGACAACUUCCGGUUAGUGACUGUGAACUUCGCACAUUAACUGAAAUUUGAAUCAAUUCGGUGGAGUAAUCUUUAGGAACUGUGAGAGAUUGGAAACGUUCUCUUUUUAUCAUCGUUUUGCCGGGGACUAGCUAUCUUCUACGUGUUGUAUCAUUUACAUCAACCUCUGGAUCAAUUGUGGCCUCUCUACCAUUGGAAUUCACAGCUUUAAUGUGGAACAUAAUUUCAUAUGCUGCAGUGUUGGAAUUCAAAUUUAAAAUUUAAAACUCGAUUCAUGAAUAAUUAGCUUUUGUCAUCUCACGAGGAAUCGAAUAUUUCAGAAGAUUGGAAGUCACGUGAUUUCGAUCGAUAUGGCGUCAAAACAGUGCUUUGCAAGCAUCGAUCGUCAGAUGUUCAGUAACAUGCUUAUUCUUUUAUUUCUUUAGAUUAUUGAAAAUGUAUCUGUGUUCUAUUACAAAAUGAAACAAGUUCACACCAGCUACAUUUACCGGCGUUUUAGAAGAAAGUGAAACCAUAAACGUCAUUGAUAUCGUUUUGACCAUGUAUAGUUAAAAUUUAGUGUAGGCCAGUGAUCACCAAACAGCUAUGAAACCAAAAGAAUCAGAUUUGUUUAUGAAAGUCUGAGUUCACUCAAAGCUCAGUUUUAGCGCAUGUCAGCUAGAUUACAGUGAAAAUGGCUACAUCAGUAGAGACCAGUUUACCAGGUACACAGACUUUAACAUAUUCGUGCAUGGAUGCCGUCAAGUUGUUGCAGAAGAAAACGACAACGGAAAAUAACAAUACAUCAAAGUCGCUGGAAUUAAUCCCAUUUCAAAAGGAUGGACUUAAUGGAUUUCCAGUUGUGUUUUCUCCCAAGCAUUGUUCGGACGUCAGGCUGCCUGCGUCCUUGUAUUACCACAGGAACAGUGAUCCCCUUCUUCACGGACAAUCAAAGGUGAGGCAGGAGGAAGAGUUUGGAAGUUGUUGCCAAAUAUCUCGCGAGAAGAGACGCCAAAGUGACAAAGGACCAAGCCUGAACGGACCUAGAGGGCAGGUAAAUAAUGUAUGUGUUCACCCAACCAUUUCCAAUGCCCACAGAAAAGACAAAAACCACAUGUGUAAUGGCGGGCCACCUAAUUUCAUAAAAGUUAAUGGUAUACUUCCAAAAGGAACACUAGAAAAAGAGUUAUCACCAAUCUCAAGAAUUGUCAAUUCAAUCGAUGAUUUCCAUGUGCAGGUUACUGACACUAAUGAAAGUGCGAGCACUUAUGAAUACCCGACUGAUUGUGACAACUUUAAAACGGAUACGUUGUCUGGGUCCGAUUUACUUUUACAUAAUAGCAGCUACCCUGAUGAAGCGGAACCGGAAGUCAUAAAUAUAGAUUUGGAACCACGGGUUGUGUGCAAUGGGACACUUAUUUCGUCAUAUCAAGAAGAUGAUGAUGAUGGGACUUCCGAAAAACAACCGUUUUUGUCUCAUCAUAGCGCGAGCGGUUCCGAAUCAAACUUUUCUGCUAAACACGGCGUAAGCUGGCACAAAGCACGCCAAAACGACAAUGGCGAUUUUGUGGACCAAUCUGUGAGUUUACCAAGUAGCUUAGAGAGACAUUCCCACGCGAUACAUGAGCCAAGUGUGACGGACUCAGAAACAAGUUUAUCAGUGAAACCUUUCAAUAUUUGGAAUAAGGGUAGACCUUUAUCCGGGCUUUCGUCACGGUCCAUUUCACCACAGCCCGGCCCAAGUGGAUAUAGCGCCGCCAAACAUAAAAGAGACAUCGGGAAGAAAACGGUGAGAUACAGCGACGUAAUAGGGAGCCACCAGACGCUGGCGUCCGGUGGCAGCAUCAACAGCAUUAAUACCUUCCCGACCACUCUGAGUGAAGAACAUAUGAACAGACUGGACCGAGAAAUCAGAGAAAUCGAGAGAGUUGGGAAGAAGGCCGACAGAGGAACUAUUUACUGCGCAUGCGGGGUUCUUGGACUUGUGAUAGGGUUGAUUUUAGUCUUCGUUUACAUUCUGUGAUGUAAGCAUAUAAAUUUUAACUUUGUUAUGAUUGACUGUUGGAGCCUUUGAAAGAUUUAUUAUUAAAGCCGUUGAGUUCGUUUCAAUUAAAACAUAUU